UUCUCAAAUUAGCUCAAAAAUCAAUGUUCUAAAAUCAAUGGCUGUUUCUCCUUUUUUGUUUAUCUCUUUUACUUUCCUGUUUCUCUUGAUUUCAGUUUCGUUUGAAGUCGAUAGCAUUAGUUCACUCCAAUCUAUCCGCGAUGGCGAAACCUUGGAUUCAAGUGGAGGAAGGUUUCAGCUUGGUUUCUUCAGCCCCGGCAAUUCCAAGAAUCGUUACUUGGGAAUUUGGUACAAGAAAGUUCCGGUUCAAACUGUUGUGUGGGUUGCUAACCGAUGCAACCCGAUUCAUGAUCUCUCCGGCUUGUUGACUAUAAACAGCACAGGUAAUGUUGAGCUUUUGUAUCGGAACAAAAGUAGUGUUGUUUGGUCUACAAGAUCAUUCAAAGAACCCAAGAAACCAAUUCUAGUUCUCCUAGAUACAGGAAAUUUAGUGCUGAAUGAUAACAGUACUAGUAGUACAACUACUCCGGAGAGUUAUUUGUGGCAAAGCUUUGAUUAUCCUUCUGAUACGUUGUUGCCUGGAAUGAAGCUGGGAUGGAAUUUUCAGGCGGGUCUAAAGCGGAGUCUAUCAGCUUGGAAGAACUUGAAUGACCCUUGUCCUGGAAAUUUUAGUUAUGGAUUUGAGUUUGAACAUCAGGCCUCCCCUGAAGUUUACAUGAUGAAGGGCACUGCAAAAUAUUAUCGUUCUGGCCCAUGGAAUGGCCUACGUUUCAGUGGUGUCCCGGAGCUUAUUGCCAAUCCGGUCUAUGACUUCCAGUAUGUUUACGAUGAUCGCGAGUUGUAUUACAUGUACAACCUCAUGAUUGAAAGAGAAGUCCUCACAAGAAUAGUCCUGAACGAAACCAGUAGCUUGCGCCAACGAUACGUGUGGCUAGAAGGAAAUCAUACUUGGCGGCGUUUUUCUUCGGCGCCAAUGACUGAUUGUGACAAGUAUGGCUUCUGUGGAGCCAAUGGAAGUUGUGUCAUGCGUAAGAAUGUUCCUACAUGCCAUUGCCUUAAAGGAUUCAAGCCUAGCAAUCAGGAGAAAUGGGAUUCAUCGGACUGGUCGGGAGGAUGUGUUCGAAAAACUCCAUUGAGCUGCCAGGAUAAAGAUAAAGAUGAGUUUAUCAUAGUUGGGGGCUUGAAACUACCAGAGACAACACAUUCUUUGGUGAACCGAAGCUUAAAUCUAAUGGAAUGUAGGGCCAAAUGCUUGAGAAACUGUUCUUGUGUGGCUUAUUCCAACUUGGACAUUAGAGGACAAGGCAGUGGAUGCAUCAUGUGGUUCGGUGAUCUAUUAGAUAUUAGAGAGUUCCCUUCAAAUGGACAGAAUUUAUAUCUUCGUAUUUCGGCUUCUGAGCUAGGAAAAGCGAACGGUUAUAAGCGGACAGUUGUGAUAAUCACAGCUGUUAUUGGAAGUGUUUCUGUGAUGCUGCUCUUUGUUUGCUAUUGCAUGUACAGGAGAAGAUGCUCUAAAGCCGCCAGAGAAAGAAAACAGUACAACACAGAGGGAAAGGACGACUUGGAGCUCCCACUUUUUGACUUGGCCACAAUAGCCACUGCCACGGAGAACUUUGCAGACGAUAACAAGCUUGGACAAGGCGGUUUCGGACCUGUUUACAAGGGAAUACUAAAAGAUGGACAAGAAAUCGCAGUGAAGAGGCUUUCGAGAAGUUCUGGCCAAGGAUUGAAUGAGUUCAAGAAUGAAGUUAUACUUAUUGCCAAACUCCAACAUAGAAAUCUUGUGAGGCUUCUUGGAUGUUGCAUUCAAGGGGAGGAAAAGUUGCUGCUUUAUGAAUACAUGCCCAACAGAAGCCUUAACUUCUUUAUUUUCGAUGAAACGAGAAAGAAGUUGCUAGAUUGGCCUAAGCGCUUCAAAAUUAUAUGUGGCAUUGCUCGGGGACUUUUGUAUCUUCAUCAAGAUUCGAGAUUGAGAAUUAUACAUAGAGAUCUCAAAGCUGGUAAUGUUUUACUUGAUAAUGAGAUGAACCCCAAAAUUUCGGACUUUGGUAUGGCUAAACUUUUCGGAGGAAAUCAGACGGAAGGAAACACAACCAGAGUGGUGGGAACAUAUGGUUACAUGGCACCUGAAUAUGCAAGUGAUGGGCUAUUUUCGGUAAAAUCUGACGUAUUUAGCUUUGGCAUAUUGGUGUUGGAGAUCAUAAGUGGGAAGAAAAACAGGGGAUUUUUUCAUCGGGAUGACAGCCUUAACCUCACAGGACAUGUAUGGAGAUUAUGGAAUGAGGGAAAUUCCUUAGAACUGAUUGACGAAUGUUUAGCGGAGUCAUGUUAUGAACCAGAAGUGCUACGUUGUAUCCAUAUUGGUCUCUUGUGCAUCCAGCAGUGUCCAGAGGAUAGACCAUGCAUGGCGUCUGUGGUUGUAAUGUUUGGAAGUCAAAGUUCAUUGGAUCCACCUAAACAACCAGGUUUCUUCAUUCAAAAAGAGCCGCUCGAAUUCGAUGCAGUGAAUUCUUCAUCGUACAAACAAGAAUCCUCGUCAAAAAACGAAGUAACCAUUACGCUUUUGGAGGCUCGAUAAGCAUCUAUUCGUUGUGACGGACACAAAGAAAUUUGUUAUUUUGGUCUAUUUGUACUCUGCUCGGUCUUUAGUACUGUCUUCCACUAUUUUGAUUACAUAUUUGUGGUAGAAAGCUUGCGUAACAAAAAGUUUGUGCAAUCUCCAUGUAUACUUUAUCCACGUAACUGGUCAAAAGUACUUGAUGAAAUGGACAAGCAAGAAUAUAUCCAUAAUCCAUUAUCCGAA